CAAAGAAAAAUGACAGAAUUAGCAACAAAAAGUGAAAUAACAUUAAAAGGAAGUGCUCAAAUGAUUCAACAAUUUUUUCAUUAUGGAAUUCAUAGUAUUUUAUAUCAAAGGGGCAUUUAUCCGUCUGACAGUUUUACACGUGAGAAAAAGUAUGGAAUGACUUUGUUGGUUAACAACGACUCUAAAGUUCAGGACUUUCUUAAACCCUUGUUGGAACAUGUUGAGAUGUUGCUCGCCAAAAAGAAGCUCAAAAAAUUGGUUUUGGUAAUUACUGAUAUAGCUACAAAAGAAGCAUUGGAAAGAUGGCAAUUUGAUAUUGAAACAACUGCUGAUAUUGAUGAGAAAGGUUCUGUUUGUAAAGAUGAGAAGAGAAUAAAACAAGAAAUAUCUGAUGUUUUGAGACAAAUUACCGCUUCUGUUGCUUUUCUCCCUCUACUCGAAAAUCGAUGCUCUUUUGAUGUUCUCAUCUACACUUUUAGAGACAUUAAACUUCCAGAGGGAUGGGCAGAUUCAAGCGAAUGUCGAAUUUCUGAUGCCGAACAGGUUCAACUUCGUUCAUUCUCUACAGCAGUACAUAAUGUGCUGACUAAGGUGCAGUAUAAAGCUGAUAUUUAA